GUUUAACAUAGUCGUAAGUGAUUGAUCAAUGGCGCUCUUCAGACAAAAAGUUCUAUAGUGUUGGUUUUGAGUUUAUUAUAAUGGAAGAUAAAUUUAAUUUUAAAGAGUUGAUUCAACAAGCCAAGGAUAUUGACGAUGGUGUAGAAUCCCUCAGAGACAAAAUUAUUAAUUGUGAUAUAGGGAAUGGUGAUGCCACAAAUGCUUUAUCAACUUUAGACAAUGAUUUAUCUGAAAUUGAGGGUGUACUGGAUUUCUUGUGCAGUGAUCUCAGACAAGAAGUUGAAGAAAUAGUUAAAAGGAAUACUGAAAUUAGAAACUUUAUUGUCGAUUUGGACUCAAAAAUAGAAAGAUUAGAAGCGUGUGCCAGAGAAUUCAAGUCACCCCAGUCAAUGCUGGAAACUCCUGUUCGUAGGUACCAUCAUCGAAGCAUGAAAUAGUCUUAUCAGUGAAAAGUUAUAUGUAUAGAUUAUUUUUAUUUUUAUGUAAAUAAU